UUUAGCAUUACAACACAGCACCUCAGCCCUCCACCAACACCUCCUCUCAGCUAUUCCUUACAGUAUCAGCCUCACUCCGGUAAUUUCAAUAGGAAUAAAACGCCAACUUCAUAUUUUUGUUACACGAGCCUUCCCAUCCCGUCCCCUCCCCACCACAAGUCUGAGGGGCAUAUUCUUAAACACGUCGGCGCCCAAAGAAAAAUAAAUAGGCUUUCAUGGGAGUUUUGAGCAUUUCCAGGGGUAGUUUUAUGGACCAUCUGGAAGUUUAGUAAUUCUUUUGUCCCAUGAACCUACAAAAACACUCAUUAGACCGCGAUUGAUCUCCUUUUUGGCUUUUGGAAAGUGUUGAUGUGAGAAGCAGAAGCGUCUGGCAUACCUACCUCUGUACCCCUCCCUGUUACCUUCUGUACCACUGCAUCUUGAUAUCAUACAGCCUCCACGGACCCUCUCCCAUCAUCAAGAGAGAGAGAGAGGGAGAGAGAGAGAGAGAGAGAGUCUUAUCAAUUAUACAUAAGUUUACUUCUGGUUGCAGCAAGGUACAGUCAACAAGGCUCCACCCUCACUAUGCACAAGACAGCCUUAUACACACAGCGCUCUAUUCAAUAUAAUAAUAAUAUUCAUUAGUCGAACACCUUGUCUGUCUCCUGCAAAAAUAGUAAGCUCGCACGCACCGCUGGCUAUCGCAGGCUAUUUCUGGCUAGGAAUAAGGAAGACAAUUUUAUCGCAUAAGCUUCCUCACUCGCAGCAUUGCAACGCAGCUCUCCUCCAACCCUCCUUCCACAGCCCUCUUGGCACCACAAAGCGUAUUCUGCCACGCCGCAUCAACAAAUUUGACCCUGAAAACACUUACAGGCCAUUCAUAACAGCCUCAGGACUUCAUCGACAAACUGCACUGUACUGUGAUAUUCAUCUUGAAAAAGGUUAUUCAUUGCACUGCCUUCGCACCCCACUGCUGCUCCCCACACCCACACAGCCUCCACAUCCUCCCUCCACCAACUACUAAUCGACUGCAUCUACAUCACAGCGCCUUAUUUUAGCACCACACAAACUCCACAUCCCCGCCGCCACCAGCCACUGGUCUGAGUUCCUUCCCAACACCCUCUGGCCAGCACUGGAUACGCUUCCUUAAGUGGAGUCUCUCUCCUUGAGGGAAGCAGUCAUGCGGCUGCCGUCACGUCCACCUCUCACGCUCUUCUACACCUGGGCAGCCGUCCUGACUCUGCUGGUGGUGCACCUCUGGAGGGACCCCCAGCCCCCCGCCGCCCCGCCCCGCGCCACACGUACCUGCCUAACCUGCUUCCGCAAUCUGCUGCGCCACCCGGUGAAGUGGAACGACAAGCGACUCCUGAAACACCUCAGGAACAGUCUGGAGCCUCCCUCGUCCUUUCUCCCUCUUGGCAGCGGCCCUUCCCCCGCCCAACCACCCUGGGCUGGCGAGGUCUCCUACAACUCUACCGAAAAAAUCAUUCGGAAAUUGUUUGGUGAAAUGCCCGGGGGCGGCGUGUUCGUGGAGGUGGGGGCGCAGGAUGGCCUGUGGCUCAGCAACACCUGGUGGCUGGAGGCAGAGCGGGGCUGGCGGGGGCUGCUGAUCGAGGCUGAUCCACAAAACUACCUCAACUUACGGAUGGCACCGAGAAACUCCACAACCCUGGCGGCCUGCGUCACCGCCUCGCUGCUCACCAAGCAGGAGGAGAUGGUGAGAGGAAUCAACACAGGGAACGUAAAUAAAGAGGCUCGUAGACUACAACAAGGACACACCCAACUCAAAACGUUUGCCACAGGCAUAGACCUGUACGCCGGGGAGACCUUCACCACCACCUGCUACUCGAUCUUCUCCGUCCUCGCCGCCGCUGGACUCCGGGAGAUUGACUUGCUGACAUUCGAUGUGACGGGAGGAGGAUUCACUCUGGUGGACGAGUUUCUAACGACCAACAAACUGCUCGGAGAUAAGUUUCGAGUCGAGAAUAUCUUGUACCAGGACAACGACCUGGCACAGCUUUUCAGCCUUGAAAGCGUCAAGGACGACUUCAAGAAGUAUGGCUACAGCAUUUUGCAGCUCAGCCCGGGGCACUACCUAUUGAAUGGGGGCUCCACCGAGGUGGUCGUCGCGUACAACUGACGGAACUUUGCUGAUGGUGGUGGUGGUAGUGAUUUGAUAGACCAAAAGAAAUGCAAAGACCUUUCUGUCGUGAUUUAGGAUAAGAGUAUGCUCUGUUUACAUGCAUUACCGGCCCCCUCCUACAUCGAGUGCACAUCGAAGGCCACUGCCACGCCUUCACUCUGCUCCAGGCUGCACGGGGCUGGUGGACGAUGGGAAGCUUUAAAUGGUAUUGGCGAGGAUGCUGGGCUGGCGUCGACGAGACAUUUAAAAAAAUAACCCGGAACGUUACAGUCAAUCACAGCCCAAAAUCGUAAACUUAAUCUGACUAUACGCUGACCCGUCAACAUUUGGUGAUGUUAAAUAUUUACAUAUAUUAAGUUAUUAACUUUUUAUCUCACACUCACAAAAUUUACUAGCUUACGAAUGUAUUUUACCUUUUCACAAGUAUAUUUUAUGUUUAACAAAUUUUGCUUUAGAUAUAAUUCACUGCAACUCGUUGCCCUUCUAUUUGACUAUCACACACCAUCGCCACAAAACCAAAAAGUUCACCUUAUCUUCAACAAGAAAACUUUCUAAGUAUACAGGAUUCUUUACUUGAAUACUGAAUGAUUUUUCUAUUGGGUCACUAAAAAGAGCGUCUCCCAAUGCAGCUACUGCAGAAAAUGUUGAGUCUGCUGAACCUUUGAAAAGUGUCGAAGUUAAAAGACUAAUACUUAUCAAAGUAGCUACAGAAUUGUCAACUGAUUAUGAUAUACCUCAACACUGAAAUAAAUUGAGUAAUACAAUGCAAAUUAGUUUAAAACUAUACCAAAACAAAAUCCAUAAAGUUUGCUAUGACUGGACAGGGGAUAUGGAGGCAAGAUCAUGUUGGCCCCAUCGUGACUGCAUGGUGUGUGGUGCAACUGCUGCAAAACUCCCCUUGAAUUCACUUCGAUGAAAUGUUUUUCAUGUCUG